GCCGGGUGUCAGUAUACUUGUCAGUGUGCGUCUGUGAUUGAACAGUGAAGAACGCGCAGACUUCACCGGGCUCAGUUAGGAAACGUGGCCUUAAAGCGAAUCGAGUCCAUCCCAAUGAGAAACACACUCAGUUGACACUCUCAGCACAUUUAUUUUUAAGGGUCAUCGUAUCUGAGUUAAACAUGGCUGAUGUGGAGCAGACCACAUCGGUGCCGGAUGGAUCCAGUAACGGUUCGGACGCGGUGAACGGGACCGCGGGUCGGUUCGUGUCCAGCGCCGAGGGCACAGCUCUGGCGUACGGCAGCUUGCUGCUCAUGGCCCUGCUGCCCAUCUUCUUCGGAGCGCUGCGGUCGGUGGGCUGCUCCAAAAGCAAGAGUCCCUCAGAUAUGCCUGAGACCAUCACGAGCAGAGACGCCGCUCGCUUCCCUAUCAUCGCCAGUUGCACUCUCUUCGGACUGUAUCUCUUCUUCAAGAUUUUCUCUCAAGAGUACAUUAAUCUGCUGCUCUCCAUGUAUUUCUUCGUGCUGGGAAUAUUAGCGUUGUCUCACACAAUGAGUCCCUUCAUGUACAGAGUUUUCCCUGCUAACCUGCCAAAUAAGCAGUACCAGCUGCUGUUCACCCAGGGCUCAGGAGACAGCAAAGAGGAGAUCGUCAACUACGAGUUUGACACGAAGGAUCUGAUCUGCCUGUGCAUCAGCAGUGUGGUCGGCGUCUGGUACGUCCUGAAGAAGCACUGGGUUGCCAAUAACCUGUUCGGUCUGGCUUUCGCCCUGAACGGAGUCGAGCUGCUCCACCUCAAUAAUGUCAGCACUGGCUGCAUCCUGCUGGGAGGACUGUUCGUCUACGACGUGUUCUGGGUUUUUGGCACCAACGUCAUGGUGACAGUUGCCAAGUCUUUCGAAGCCCCAAUUAAGUUGGUUUUCCCACAAGAUUUGCUGGAAAAAGGUUUGGAUGCCAGCAACUUUGCCAUGCUAGGACUGGGGGACAUCGUCAUUCCGGGAAUCUUCAUCGCUUUGCUCCUGCGUUUUGACGUCAGUUUGAAGAAGAACACACGAACUUACUUCUACACCAGCUUCCUGGCUUACAUCUUCGGCCUGGGUCUUACCAUAUUCGUCAUGCACACCUUUAAACAUGCUCAGCCUGCUUUGCUGUACCUGGUCCCUGCUUGUGUUGGAUUCCCAGUGCUGGUGGCUCUGUUGAAGGGAGAACUGACCGAGAUGUUCAGGUACGAAGAGUCUUCACCGGAGGAGGCGUCAUCGAAAGAGGAAGUAACAGAAUCUGCUAAAGACAAAUAAAAGUGCAAAACGAGCCCUCAUUCAUGUUCAGCAUUUGUUCAUCAUAGUGAUGUGGCCGUGCAGCGGACGCUCGUGUUCCGAGUCGCUCACGGCAGUGACGUGAUCUGUACUUCUGAACUCUUUUAAUGACAUACUGCAGCUUUCCCAGUGCCUGUGUUUUCUCCAUGUUCCUUUGUUCAUUUCAUUGCCUUCGGCCUUCAUGUUCGAAAUCAUGCUUGAUUAUUUGCUUUCAAAGGGUUUUAGUUAUUAUACAGUAUUUGAAUAGGGUAGAAUUUGGCUUUCUGCAUGUAAUGUCAGAUUACCAUGCAGACUUAUUAAACGUAUGAUCAUGUCACACAAGUCUGGUACCUAUUCCUGUGUAGCUGGUUUCUGUUUUUGGUUUUACUCUAGGAUCUCAUAAGGGAUUCAGUUUGUGAAACUCAAGUAGUUGUCCAACCUUUUGUUAAAUGUUAAGAUAAAGGCAUUCUGGAUUACAUAUUUUUACUUUAUGCAAGUGUAAACCGAAGUGGGACCAAAUAUCUCCCUAGGAAGUGAAAGUGUUUUUAUGUUCUGAAUGUUUUUCUGGCUGUAGUUUUGAAGGGUUUUGAAUUUACUUUUCUAUGCCAUAUUGUGUCCCAGUCAUGUGUUUUACACCUCAUGCUCAGCUCGGUCACCAUCAUUUUACAGCCCCCUUUUGUGUAAUCUUUUUUUUUUCCUCAGUGUAAAAGUGUAAAAGUUUAAGCUUAUGUGAGGAGCAUUUCUUCCUCAAUAUAACUUUUUAUUUGCAUUAAACUGUGGUGUUUACCACUGUAGAAAAGCA